AUGCUGCUGUUACCGGCUGGAUACCUCCUGUACCCUGCAGAGGUAUUGCAUUCCAUUCUAAACUACUUGUGUGUCUUUCUGAUCCAUCUUGAUAAGCGGGAGGACCCAUACACCAGCCCGUCCAAGCGAACCAGUUGCAAAAACUAUCAUGAUGUCGUCAAUCUUUCGGCCACAUGCCGAUAUAUUCGGCUGUUUCUUGGUCCAUAUGUGUUCCAAAUGAUUAGUGUAGUACGGAAAACGCAAAUAGAGUCUCUUCUCCAGCUUCCAAAAGUGGAACAAAAACUAAAUUUGAGUGAUGAAAUUUUGCAUUUUAAGACCAUUCAUAACUUUGUGACAACGCUAGAAACCAACACCAUGGAUAUAAUUCCGCUGUUUCCAUCACUAGAGAGGUUAAUUGUGCUCGCAAAUUGUUCUGGUGACUCAAAUAUUGCACAUUCUUUACGCUCAUUGACGAUCUCCGCAGGCACUCUUCUCAAGUGUUCUGGUCUUUUAAAAGUUGUAAACAGACUCAAUUCGCUCCAUAUGUUGUGUGCCUUCCAUGAUAUUGAUUCCAGUGGACUUUCACCGCUAAAAGAGGUUUUUGAAGACCAUAAUUUGAAAGAGCUAAACUUGUACUUUGGAAGAGCAGCCCAUAUUACUUACGAUACCACUUUGGAUCUCAUUGUUCUGGUGGUAUCCUCGUCGCAAAUACAAAGGGUAGGCUUGCACGUCGCCCGACGAUCUUUUCAGGAAGACGAUAGAAAUUGGCCCUGCAGCAGCCACCUGAAGGCUUCUGAAAAGCUUUUAAAUUCGCUACUUUCCUCAGAAAUAACUUCGCUCAGCGUUGACAUUAGUAUAUUGGUACAGCUCCAAGUCCCAAAUCCGACGCGAUUCUGCACUAAAAACUCGCCAAAACCAAAUUUUUGUUUCACACUUAUUGACCCAUCAUUUGCAUUUCAUUCCUGGCACCUUUUAAAUUUUCACACAUUGGCUCAAAUUUUCCAACUUUUCAACGUCAAGGAGUUCCAAUGGAAGUAUGGCGAAGUCAUAGACGAGUCCCAUCUCCAAGCACUAGACGCUGCUGUGAACACAAUUGCUCGUAUUCGUGAAUUAAAUGGCUGCGAAAUUGACUUUCUUCAAUUGGAAAAAUGUUGGUCUGUUGCCGACGACACUUUGAUACGCCAGCACUUGAAAAUACCCGAAAACCAUUCAAAUGCUACAAUACGGACCCGUUAUAGCUUCAAUUCACCCCGAUACAGACGACCAGAAUCUUACGCCGUGGUAUACCUGAACAUUGCAUCCAUACACCAACUAGAGCAAAGAGACGAAACGGAAGCUGAAAACCGGUUCUGGACUCUGCAGCUCACCUUACUUGAUUUUCAGCAGUACUGUCUCCCCCAGCGGAAGAGAAGUAGCAUAUGGGACUAG